UCUGCGACCAGGGUGAGAAGUUUGCUUUGAGUCAACAAAUUGAAGAAUAUUUCGAAAUUUACGAGUAACAUAAGUCAAACAGAGGAUAAAAGCCAUGUUAUGAACCAGAACGGUGAAAUGUCAAAGGUUAUUAGCUUUAAGAAAUGGCAGUUGCUGAUUCUACUGGUCUCCAUAGUAAUUCUGUUGUAUUUGAUGACCUCCUUUCUACGACCUUCAAACAAAACUCGAUACACGAUUACCAAACAUAGGAAUAAUCAGUACACAGAGUGGCCAGCACUACAAGUAGCAGGGGAUUCAGAGGCAUGGUUCAAGAAAUACUGUAUGAAAUCAGAGGAAGCACUCUCCUUGGAGGACUAUCCCAAGAUUCUGGAUAAAUGGAAAAAAUCGACAGCAUUUGAAUGCCAAGAUAUGUAUAAAAGAUUUUCUUCAAUUUUCACAAUAACUGAGCACCCUGCCAAGGUAGUGAUCCCAGAAACCUUUGCAGCAAAGGUCAAAGGUUGGCUGGGAGGAAAUGAGGAACUUUUCAACAAUGUCAAAGAGCAGAGAAUCCUAUUUAUAUACAAUGAAUAUACAAGGGAGGAAAAUGUAUACAACCCUCUGAGAGAAAAAAGACCCAUGUCUAAACCCCCAAGACCAGAACGAGAAUAUGUGGAGGAAAUAUCAAAGAAAACUGCUGAGACGUGUGAUUUUUGCCGAUACAAAACGCACACUUCUGAGGACGUGUUUGGUCGCGUUGAGUCAGAGUAUUCUUUUACGGCAGCCAACACUUUUAAGCUGGACACGUGGCACACACUGGCCCUAUUCAAGAAGCAUCAUCCCCUGAACUGGACCUAUACACAGUUCAUGGACCUCAUGCAGACUUCCCAUAACUGGUUACUGAAAGCACAUGCAGUGGACAAGAGCUAUAAGUACCCCAUGUUUAUCUGGGACAUGUUACCUCACGGUGGGGCGAGUCAGGUCCACCCUCACCUACACAACUUCCUGGAUCAAACCAGGUACCAAGGUGCUGUUGAGAACUGGAGAAUGGCUGCUAACCUUUACACGGGAGACUUUCCUAAACAUAAUUACUUCUCUGACCUCAUAAUGAUCCACAUGUCUUUGGGACUGGGAGUGAAAUAUGGAAAGGCUGCAGCUCUAGCUUCAUUGCUACCAAAGAAGGACAAUGAAGUCAUCAUUAUUAGCGAAGAGGCAGACCAGGAUUUUUAUGAUUUGCUGUAUUUUACAUAUAGAGCUUUCAUUGAUGAUAUGGAGAAAUUGUGUUAUAGUUCAGGAGUGGGUCUUCCAAGUUUUGACAGGGAAGAUAAACUAGGCAGAAUUCCGGCCUUUGCUCGCCUUAUUACGAGAGGUCCAGUAGAGGAUAUACGUGCAGAUAUGAGCUCUUUAGAACUCUUUACUGCUCAAAAUGCCAAUACAGACCCAUACAAAGUCAUACAAUUCAUCAGGAAAUCCAUAAAGAAAAGAGACAGGAAGAGGAAAACAUAGCUGUGGUGCUCAAUAGGACUUUUAUUUAUUAUAAUGGUGAAACUGAGAUUAAUCAGUGUUUGGGUGUGUGUGGCAGUAUGUAUCCAGAGUGAAAGAUAUCAACUCACUUUGUGCUUUUAAUUUUAUGGCCUUAUAAUGUAACAUUCCAAAAACAAAUAUUGGACACAUAAAUAACAGAUUCACAACUGCCUUUAACAGGAGCAAUUGCGAAAUAUAUGAUGAACACAGCAUUUUUUUUCAAAUUUAUUAUCAGUUGGUUUAACUGGUAUAUUUUGAUCUCAGGCUAAAUUAAUAUUAAUUCUAUUAUAUAUAGGUGUACAGUUAGUAAAAUCUUAAAAUUAUUAAUAAAUUAAUAAAGAUGUCUGUAAUCCAUAAUUGCCGAAAUCUCACCACUAGUUGCCAGUUGCUGUCUUCAGUUUCUAUC